AUGCCAGGAUUAAAAAAUCCAAAUGAAAAAAAACCUAAAUCUCGAAGUUGUAAUUUAAAGAAAGUUAUUGCUAAACAUUCUAGAACAAAAUGUUGUUGUUGUAUACCAAUAAAGCCAGGUGUCAUGACCAUUGCGAUACUUUUGUUGAUACAUGCAUUAUGGCAUACAGCAAUAAUGAUCCCAGAGAUUAAAAUAUAUAUAACACAUCUACCAAGAGCAUUCACGAUAGUUUUAAGUAUUUUAUAUUUUUUGGUGGCAAUAAUUGCAAUAUAUGGUAUAAAUGCAUUACGUAUGAAUGAUAAAAACAAAGUAAAAAUAUUUUCAAUUAUAUAUUGGCUUUCAGUUGUUUUAUUGUUAGUUUUACAUUUGGUUCAAUUGAUUUUAGCAUUUAAAUGGAAAGAUGAUACAAUGUAUAAUUGUCAAGAUGAUAUAAGAUAUUGGGUACCAUCAAAUUCAAGUACUGUAACUAUGCCAGAUGAUCCUAAUGCUACUACAAUUCAAGAAGUUGGUGAUGCCUGUGAGGCUGCUACUAAAUUAGCAUUAAUAUUUUAUCUGAUUGAUUAUUUUCUUAAAAUUAUUUUUUUGAUGCAUUUUGGAAGAGUGGUACAUUCAUAUAGUAAAGUAUUAUUUGAAGAAAAGAUUGAUAAUGGAGAGGAUCGUGAAAUAGAAAAAAUUGAUUUAGAAGAUGAUGAUGAAAAAAAGGAUAAACAAAAAAAUGAUUUUCCUCUAAAUGAUGUUAAAUUCAAUAAAUUUGAUAAAGAAUCUAAAGAAGUUGUGUUGAUAAGAAUAAGACAUAGAUAG